CUCUCUCUCUCUAUAUAUAUAUAUGUAUAUGUAUAUGUGUGUGUGCAUGUUGGGGGAGCUACUUUUUUAUUGUCCAGUUUAUGAUUAACUAAAAAGGAUAAAAUAGUGCACACCUUGGGCUAAGGCUACUAAGUCUGAGCUGCUGAGCACAAAUGUUAGUUGCAUCUUUCUAGUUGUUCUGCUGAGUCUCAAACCUUUGCCACAAUGUCCACAACAGAUGCCUGGGGAUCAGAUGGAGUACCUACUACAGCGCCGCCGGGCAGAAAGAUUCUCAUUAACAAUCCUGCAGACAUUUCAGUUAUUGUUAUCUAUUUCGUGGUGGUUCUGGCUGUGGGAAUAUGGGCAAUGGUAAGAACAAGUCGUGGAACUGUUGGUGGAUUCUUCUUGGCUGGACGAAGUAUGGUCUGGUGGCCGAUUGGGGCAUCUUUGUUUGCCAGCAACAUCGGUAGUGGACAUUUUGUUGGUCUGGCAGGGACAGGAGCAGCUGCGGGCAUUGCCACUGGUGGUUUUGAAUGGAACGCUUUGGUUGCAGUCAUAAUUUUAGGCUGGCUGUUCGUUCCCAUCUACAUCAAGGCUGGGGUCGUAACUAUGCCUGAGUAUCUGAAGAAGAGGUUUGGAGGACAACGUAUCCAGAUAUACCUCUCUUUGCUUUCACUAAUUCUAUAUAUCUUCACCAAAAUAUCGGCUGAUAUGUUCUCUGGGGCGAUCUUCAUCAGAGAGGCACUGGGACUGAACAUUUACAUCGCUGUUGUAGCUCUACUGGCCAUUACUGCCCUCUACACUGUCACAGGUGGUUUGGCUGCUGUGAUUUAUACUGAUACCUUGCAGACUAUUAUCAUGGUGGUGGGAUCCUUCAUCCUCAUGGGCUUUGCAUUUAAUGAAGUUGGUGGAUAUGAGAAUUUUAAGGAGAAGUAUAUGAAUGCUAUUCCUUCAAUAAUAUCGUUUGGGAACUUCACAGCAAAAGAGGCAUGUUACACCCCACGCCAAGAUGCUUUCCACAUCUUUCGAGAUCCAAUAACUGGUGACCUACCAUGGCCAGGGCUCAUCUUUGGGUUGACUGUUCUUGCCACAUGGUACUGGUGCACAGACCAGGUUAUCGUUCAGCGCUGCCUGUCUGCCAAAAGCAUGUCUCACGUAAAGGCAGGCUGCAUCUUGUGUGGCUACCUCAAGCUCCUCCCCAUGUUCCUGAUGGUGUUCCCAGGCAUGGUUAGCCGAAUUCUGUACACAGAUGAAAUUGCAUGUGCAGUACCAGAACUAUGUAGCAAAAUUUGUGAUACUCCCGUUGGCUGCACCAAUGUUGCCUAUCCUAAGCUGGUAGUCAAUCUGAUGCCAAAUGGUUUGCGUGGCCUGAUGUUGUCAGUGAUGCUGGCAUCGCUGAUGAGUUCCUUGACCUCCAUUUUUAACAGUGCCAGUACACUCUUCACUAUGGAUAUCUAUGCCAAGGUCCGAACCCAUGCCACGGAGAGGGAACUGAUGAUUGCUGGAAGAGUCUUUAUCCUUUUUCUCAUUGGUAUCAGCAUUGCAUGGAUUCCUAUCAUUCAAACUGCCCAAAGUGGACAGCUGUUCGAUUACAUCCAAUCAAUUACCAGUUACCUGGGGCCCCCGAUUGCUGCUGUAUUCAUUCUGGCUGUUUUUUACAAGCGUGUGAAUGAGCAGGGUGCGUUCUGGGGGUUAGUUAUAGGACUAGCUAUUGGACUUUCUCGGAUGAUUGCAGAAUUUGCUUUUGGAACAGGAACAUGUUCCGAACCUGGCAACUGCCCCUACAUUAUCUGUGGGAUACACUACCUUUAUUUUGCCCUCAUCCUCUUUGGAAUUUCGCUCAUCCUUGUUUUGACAGUCUCCUGGAUGACAAAGCCCAUUGAUGAUGUACACCUCUAUCGUCUCUGCUGGUCCCUCCGCAACAGUAAGGAAGAACGGAUAGAUCUGGAUGCAGAUGAAAAACAGCCAUCAAAAGAGGAUGAAAUCAUGGAUGUUGAAGAAGGACCAAAGCCAGACCCUAGCUGCUGGAGAAAGGCCUAUAACUGGUUCUGUGGCUUUGAUGACAAUCCGGCCCCCCAGCUAAGUGAGGAAGAGUUGCAAGCUAUCCAGAAUAAGCUGACCGAUACAUCAGAAGUGCCACUGUGGAGAACCAUCGUCAACAUCAAUGCUAUCAUUCUUCUCUCAGUAGCUGUGUUUUUCCAUGGCUUUUUUGCAUGAAUUCGCCUACUUGGUGGUUCACGAUAUGUGUAGAAUGGACUUCAUAAACAAUUUAAAAAUAUUUCUUUCUGUCUUUUGAUUACAUCAUUAUUUAUUUUUCCUUUGCACUGAAUAUUGGAAAAAAGAGAAGAAACACAGGCUGUUGAAUCUCCUAAUGAGUUCCUAAGAAUGCUGCCCAUCAUAAGCACUGAAACAUUAUCAGCAAGCCAAAGACAGCAUGCUGCAGAUUUCACUUGAAGAUGAAGGUGUAUUAUUCCUUCCUCAUGUCUGUCUAUAUCAGCCAGCUGUCCUGUGCUCAAUGACUUCUGUAUCUAACAUGUUUGGCCUAAGAAAUCUAUUCUUUAAAUUGCAGCAGAUUUUUUCCACACAGUAAGAUUGCCUGCCACUGAGCAGUGUUUUUCAAUCAGGCUUUUAUUGUCUGUGUUUCAUAUUCCCAGCACAUGUUCUGCAUACAUGAUUGCGCAAUUUAUUAAGUGAAAUGUUAUAAAAUUUUAAAUGAUAGAAUAAUGGAGUUUUUUUGCCUUUACAAUAACUAGCUCUCUGCAAUGUUUCCUGAUGCAUUUUACUGAUACCCCUCUCAUGAAUGCUUUGUCCUGAUCUGAUCAUCAUAACUUUGUUUGGAAGCACACAGCAUACAUAUUUCCUGGUUCAUAUUCCAUCCUUUUGUUCUAUUAAAUCUUUUUGCAUGUUGUUCCAUCAUCCAUCCUGCUUAGUGCCAUCAGCAGAAAGAAGUCAAAUCAUGACAUUUUCAAAACAUAUACUAAACAGUUAACCAAUACCUUGGUGCUGUACUAUCACCAUUGUUUAGUUAAUUUAUGUCUAAAAGUGUUAUCAUGAAGACAGUGGACUUAUACAGUUGUCAGAGUAAAUAAAUAAAAAAAUACAUACACGAUUGUGAUCAGUUAGCUGUGCUGAAUUUGCUUGACCUGAUUAUUUUUAACUACUUAAGUGUUGAACUCUAUUGUAUUCUGAAAUUAAAGAAUAGAAAAAUUGAUUCAUAACUGUGA